CGCUCUCGGUGCGCUACGUGCGCGUGGAACGUGCUUCUGCGUGGUGGUUCCGCUUACCGAAUUCGGUCUUCUCUUCGCGGCCGUUGGGGUUUGAGGUUCCCGCCAGGUCCCGGCUGGGCGGGAGUGAUGGUUCCCGGCCCACCACGGCUUUGAGGCGAGAGGAGCGUCCCAGACCCUUUUCCGCUUGCUUACGGCGCUGACUCCGGGCAACCAUGUCUACCGCGUUCUCCUUCGGGACGGGAACGCUGGGCUCCACCACCGUGGCCGCUGGCGGGACCGGCACGGGCGGCGGUUUCUCCUUUGGGACAGGGGCAUCUAGCAACCCUUCUGUGGGCCUCAAUUUUGGAACUCUUGGAAGCACUGUGACUCCAGCAACUACAUCUGCUCCUUCAGGUGGUUUUGGAACCGGGCUCUUCGGAUCUAAACCUGCCACUGGGUUCACGCUAGGAGGAACAAGUGCAGGAACGCCAGCCACUACAUCUGCAUCUACAACAGGUUUCAGUUUAGGAUUCAGUAAACCUGCAGCAUCUGCCACACCAUUUACUCUGCCUAUUACGUCUACCUCAGCUAGUGGUCUUACUCUGUCAUCUGCUUUGACAUCAACUCCAGCAGCAUCCACAGGAUUUAGUCUAAAUAAUCUGGGCGGAACAUCAGCUACAACUACAACAGCAUCCACAGGCCUUUCCUUAGGUGGAGCCUUAGCUGGUUUGGGAGGCUCACUUUUCCAGAGUACAAACACAGCAGCCUCAGGUCUUGGACAGAAUCCUUUAAGUUUGACUUUGGGAACCACAGCAGCUACUUCGGCUGCAGGCAGUGAAGGUCUUGGUGGUGUAGAUUUUAGUAGCUCAUCAGAUAAAAAGAGUGAUAAAGCAGGAACAAGACCAGAGGAUAGUAAAGCACUGAAGGAUGAAAAUCUACCUCCUGUCAUCUGCCAGGAUGUUGAAAAUCUCCAGAAAUUUGUGAAGGAACAAAAACAGGUCCAAGAAGAAAUUAGUAGGAUGUCUUCAAAAGCAAUGCUUAAAGUACAGGAAGAUAUUAAAGCUCUCAAGCAGCUUCUGUCAUUGGCUGCCAGUGGAUUACAAAGAAAUACUUUCAAUAUUGACAAAUUGAAAAUAGAAACUGCUCAGGAGUUGAAGAAUGCUGAAAUAGCAUUAAGAACCCAGAAAACACCACCUGGACUCCAACAUGAAAAUGCAGCUCCUGCUGACUAUUUCAGAAUCUUGGUUCAGCAGUUUGAGGUACAGCUUCAGCAGUACAGACAGCAGAUUGAAGAACUAGAAAACCACCUUGCUACUCAAGCAAAUAAUUCACAUAUAGCUCCUCAAGAUUUGUCAAUGGCUAUGCAGAAAAUUUAUCAAACAUUUGUAGCGUUAGCUGCACAGCUUCAGUCUAUUCAUGAAAAUGUAAAGGUGCUGAAGGAACAGUACCUUGGUUACAGAAAAAUGUUCUUGGGAGAUGCUGUAGAUGUGUUUGAAGCCAGGCGAGCAGAAGCCAAGAAAUGGCAGAAUGCCCCCAGAGUUACUACUGGACCCACCCCUUUCAGCAACAUUCCAAAUGCAGCAGCCGUUGCCAUGGCUGCAACUCUUACACAGCAGCAACAGCCUGCUACAGGGCCACAGCCAUCUCUGGGAGUUAGUUUUGGAACGCCAUUCGGCUCAGGUAUUGGCACUGGCUUGCAAUCAAGUGGCUUAGGUUCUUCAAACCUUGGAGGAUUUGGAACUAGCUCUGGUUUUGGAUGCAGCACCACAGGGGCCUCCACAUUUGGAUUUGGAACAACAAAUAAACCCUCAGGAAGUCUUAGUGCAGGCUUUGGCAGCUCAAGUACAUCUGGGUUUAACUUCAGCAAUCCUGGCAUCACGGCAUCAGCUGGUUUGACAUUUGGGGUGUCCAAUCCUGCCUCUGCAGGCUUUGGAACAGGAGGACAGCUCCUUCAGUUGAAGAAACCUCCAGCUGGAAACAAAAGAGGAAAAAGAUGAACAUAUAGGUUGAUGUGUUGAGAGAAUCCAUUGCAGCAUUGUUUAUUCUGAGUCUAUUUUUCUAAAAUUGAUGCAGUAGUUAAAUUGCAUCCCAGGAGAUUUCUAAAGUUUUGAUAUUUUUCCCUACUUGGGAAUUUGAACUUUGUUCUAAUUUGCCAUGCUAAACAUCUUUUUUCUUGUGAAUUUGAACCCCAGUUGUAUACUUUUCUUUAUUUCAAUUCUCAAUGUAAGAAAUGUUCUGAUCACAUUGCUGGUUGGUAAAACCUACUAUUUAACCUAGUGUUAAUAGCAACAUUUUUGUUGAUACAGUUUACAUUAUUUGAAUAUAUGCACAUGUGUUUCUUAUACAGAUGAUAUGAACUCUAGGGCCUAUAUUAGAAUCGGUUGGUUUCUUGAUAAAGGUCUUUUGAACUACACUGCAGGGCAUCUUGUGAAUAUGUAUAUAAACAUAUACAGGAUAAUACACACAAUUGUGUGUGCAUAUAAAAUAUAUAUUUACAGACCUACAACUUUUGCCUCACACUGUUUCCCUUUUCUAAGGGUCUUCCCUUUUUCACCCUUGCAGCUUCAAGUCCUCAGUGCUUGUAGAAUGAUGAGCUAGAGGUACCAGGUUAUUGCAGUUAUGUGCUUGAAGACUUAGUGAAAUGGUUCCCGUUGUAAAUAUUUGACCUACUCAACUGUGUUGCCCCUAGUCUUCUUCAUUUUUGUUUUUCACCUUCACCUUUAACAGCUGCUGUAAGUGAGAAAUGCUGUAAAACUUGUUGACCAGUUUUUAACAAAGCUUACUAUCCUUCAUGUCCUCAUAUUGAUUGCUUAUAUGAGAUGUUUUUUCAUAUCUGAGAUGAACCUUCAAGAACAUAUUUGAACUCCAGACUGGUGUUCUGGGGGCAAAGAGCUUUAAGCCAAAUUGAUUCUAUGCAGGUGAAGGAUGCACUAUGACUUUGGCGGAAACUUUUCUAGCUAUUCCAAUACAGAGUUUUUUCUUUAUAGGGCUAUUGAUACACCAAAUGGAGUGGCUCAUCAGCCUCUUAAUGUCUUAAGUGCUUAAUUUGGAAUAGAGAGACAAUAUAUUUUAAGACAAAAAAAGUAUUUGUAGCAACUAUAAACUAUUCCCUGUUUUAACAGAGUUCCAGUAGUAACACAUAGGCGUGUCAGGUUGCCCCUGUGUAAUAUUUGUAUUAGUACCAGUGACGUGGAGUGGGUGAAAAAGAGAGCCCUUUGAAAGAGAACUGCCUUAGCCAUGAUUUCAAACAGAAACCAUUAGGUAGGUGUAUGUAUCUUUCAAGUACAGUUUUCAGAUGGGAUGUGAACAUGGAAUUUCAUUGAAAAUAGUUUAAUUUUUUUAUGUAGAAGCUUUUGUACAUAACGUGCAUCAAGUGAAUGUUUUCAGAAGCGUUUCACCAAGACACCUUUUUCCUAAAAUAGGUAUUGCAUAAAUACAUGUGCUUGUGCACACACACAUGCACCAUCAGUGUGUGAGGUUCGGUUAUAAAGGUAUUGUUGAAUCCAUUUCAUUUAUCUGCUUAUAGCAAUGAUUGGCUUUUGGAAUUGAAUUUUUCGCGCCUUGAUGCAUUAAAAUACAGAAAAUGCUUUGUUCUGAGCUCUAAAGCUGUUUUUAUUUUUGCACACUUAUCUAAUACUACAGUUCCCAGAACCAGAUUUUGGGGAAGGGUAGUAAAACCUGUGAUUUUGUGUUUUGAAUUACUGUCAGGAUUAAAUACACAGUUACAACAAACUUUUUUUUAAAGACAUUGCAUUGUAUUGCAAAAAUCUGAAUAUUUAUAUUUCUUGUUUUUUCUUUAUAUAUUUUACAUUUUAAUAUGUUGAACCACUGGAAAUUUGUAACAGAUCAAUUUGUGAUAGAACUUUAAAUGUGUUGUCAUUGUCGCCAUUGUCUUCACUUUGUCCAGAGCCUAUUAUUAAGUAAACAAUAAAAUUUAUUGUGUCAGUUGCUUUGAAUCUUUA